UGCGUGUUUCAUUCCGAUAUUCCAUUAUUCUAACGAAGCCCGGCAAUAACGGAAUUUGUUUCAGAGACGCGGAUAUUUUGACACAUGUAGUUUUCUGAAUUCCAUUGCACACAUAUGCGAUCUCUUGCGAAAUGAACAAGAUAAUACAGGAAAAGUUUAUUCCGCAGCAGCUGCUGUAUUUUAUAGCCGGCAGGCGCUGCUGCCAGCAAUUUCCGUGCACAUUCCGCACCAGCGAGCACGAAGCCUUCGUGAAUUGCGCCCGCUCUUUGGGACUCCGAUCGCAGAUUGUCCACAGCAAUGGCAACGGCUGCGUAAAGGUCUACAAACAGUCUUGUCGCCACUACCUGGAGGAGCCCAAGACGCUGACCAUGUCGUCGGGUGCCACGCUAAACAUGUUCACCCUGCUGGGCAAAAAAUCCUUCAUGGGCAAGGACGAUUUGGAGCUCAGCGGGGAUAUGGUCACUCAAAAGCCCAAUGCCGCCGACAUGCCGUCGCUACAUCUUCCCCUGUCCGCCAUCCGGCCGCCGAAUCCGCGCUUUUGGACGGAGACACAGAGCAAUUUUCUCACCAGCUUUCCGGGUCACCUGAUGCGCGGCGAGAUCAUGUGGCCCCUAUACUCCAACCGGGUGAUCGUCAUCAACGCGAACCUCUCCUGGGACAAGUCCGUGUUCCUGCCACUACUCAUCCUCGAUGACUGCCAGACCAAGAAGUCCAAUGCCAAGAUCAUCUGCAUCGAGCGGGAGGGCAUUGUGGCCAUCUACAACAGCCAGCGGAUGGCCAACUUCUUUGGCGAGCAACUUGGCGAGACUGUGGGCAUCCAACUUCCGCACCUGAGCUCUGUCAGCUGCAACACCUUCAUCAUCUUUUCGACGGCCCAGUACUUUCUGCGCUCCCUGGCCAACCAUAAGUUCACCAAUAUCAGUCACCUCGUGAUAAACGAUGUGCAUCUGCAUGAUCCAUAUACCGAUAUUCUGCUCAGCGAGAUCCGCGAGGGCUUGAACAGCAACCCAAACCUGAGGGUGGUGCUGCUUUCGCAGAUGGGCGAAACGAAAAAGUUCACCGAAUUCUUUGGCGAGGGAUCGGAGCUGAAUAUGAAGAACCAGCUGCCGGAGGAAAGGCCUCGCAUUUCCUACUUGGACGACCUGCACAGUUGCAUUGCCCUUGCCGGGAUCCACAGGGGUCCGGACGUUUACAAGGAGAUUCCGGACGCUUUCCGCACCCAAAGCCAGCGCAACGAACAGAUGGACAAGUGCCUGCAGGCCUACGCAGAAUUGGGAACAGAUGCGGCCAUUCGUCCUUUUCUUUAUGCCGUGAACUAUGAUUUAGUUCCGGUCAACUACCGGCACUCCAUGAACGGCAGGACGGCGGUGCACAUUGCUUCCGAGCUGAACAACUCCAGUCAUCUCCGACUGCUUCUCUAUAUGGGCGCCGAUCCCUAUAUAGUGGACCUCUACCAACAAAAUGCCAUUUCAGUGGCAGCUAUGAAUGGAAAUCACGAGUGCAUAGAUGUCCUGAACAACUACAGCCUGCACGGCUAUGUGGUGAAAAGCGCAAAGCCGGAUUUCGUGGACUACGAUCUUAUAAUAGACAUCAUGUAUCUGUUGCGCACCAAACCGGAGUAUUCACCAGGCAACAUCCUCAUAAUUUUGCCAACCUAUUACCAUAUUGUUAAGCUAAACUAUAUGCUAUUGAGUCACUGUCUGACCGGCAAUUUGCAGGAGUUCUCCAUUUUCCUGUUGCACGAGAACAUGAGAAAAGAAUAUAUCGAUGCUUUGAUCAAUGCUCGCGAGGACACCGUGAAGGUGGUCCUCACCACGGAUAUAAUCGAAUCGCUCUUCCUGAAGGUCUCUUUUAAGUACGAAAUAGAUACCGCCUGUCGGCUGAACCACAUAUAUGAUAGCAGCACCUACAGCGGGGAGGAUCGAUACGAAUGGGUGGCCAAGGAUUGCCUCCUGCGAAGAGAGUUAGUUCUCGAUCUGGAGGCUGCUGAUGCGCAAUGCUUUCGUUUGAUAUCCAAAGAGGCUUUUGAAGAGCUGGGGGAGACCAGUCAGCCACGCCUGAAAACCAUGGAGCUGGACAAGAUCUGUUUGACGGUUAAACUACUAUCGCCCAACAUGAUAAUUAGUGAAUACCUUGGCUUAACAAUCUCACCCCCGCCGCUGAUCAACGUGCAUCAUGCCGUGCAGUUCCUCAAGAAAAUAGACGUGCUGGAUGAGACUGAGGAGGUGACUUGGCUUGGUUGCCGGUUGCAAGACAUCCCUGUUCCUUGCCAACUCGGCCGUAUGCUGAUCUUUGGCAUACUGCUGCGGUGCCUGGAUCCAAUACUCACCAUUGUAAGCUCGUUGUCCACGGCAGAUCCGCUGGGCAUUCCGUUCAACGAGGACAUCGAUCACUUGUGGGACAGAUUCACCAUUUACAUCCAAAAACGCAUAAAGAACGAGCGGGCACGCCUGGCCGAUAAUCAGCUUUCCGAUCAUUUCAUCUUCGUGCGCCUAUUUCAGGAAUGGCAAAAACGACUGCGUAACAAGAUAGCGCCACUAUAUCUGACGGAUGAAUAUGACUUUGUGCUAAACGGAUUGAUGGAACAACUCAGCUUCACGCGCACCGAGCUUGUAAGCUCCUUGCGGGCAUCCAAUUUGAUUCACAGUCGUGGAAAGCUGAGCAUUCUGAACCUUAACCAGAUGUCUGGAAAUUGGCAUAUUGUGAAGGCGGCCUUGACGGGCGGCAUGUAUCCAAAUAUUUGUGCCGUAGAUACCGGAAAAAAUUGUUUGAAAUCAGCCUUUUCCGGGAAUGUUUACCUGCAUCCCAACACAGUGUUGCGUGACUUUUUGGAGCCUUUAAACACUUCGGCUUUGAAUUUUCGCACACCAUGGAUUGUGUGCACCAAGCAAAAGAACCAUAUUAUAUAUGCCACCUUAGUUGUACCCUUGGCAGUGGCCUUAUUUUCUGGACCUCCCCGUCUUCGACUUUCUCAAAUAUGCGACACACAAACGACUUCGACCGAUCGCAACGUAAAUCUCUUUAUAGAUGAGUGGAUCUGGAUGGUUAUGUCCAAGACAUCUGCGGAGAUGAUCAUGAGAACGCGUCAGUACUUCUUUAAAAUGUACCAUGAAUUGCUGAAGCACUGCAGCGACCACGAGAUGUGGUACACCGACACCGUAACGGGUUCAAAUUAUGCCGCACUGGCGGAAACCCUGUCGAAAAUCUUUGAGAGCGAGGAGUCUUUCGUGGGCUUUCCCAAGCCUCCGUCCACUAAUUUUUUUCCAACUAUCCAGCUGCCAGCCUUGUACCUUCUGACCGUGAAUGAGCAGUUCAGUUGGAUUCGGGAAAUUGAUGAGAAUCUGGCGUUGUUCCAAAAGGCCGAACAAUUUAACUCCCAUUUCGUGGAGAGGCAGUUUUUCCUGCUUUUCUCAGAGGGCGAAUGUGAGGAGUUCUACACUAGGAGCACUGCAGCCUAUAUUGAGAGUGUUCUCGGCAAAUUUGCCAGACCCAUUGAGUCACCUAACAGACAUAUCUUUGUGAUUUUGUACAGAAAAGAUCCACCAUUAAUGCUCAGCGUUAGUCGAGCCAAAACUAUUAAUGGUGUAUUUACGUUGAAGGAAUAUUUCCGAAACUCCAUUCCAGUGCAUGAAAUUUUAGAGGCUUGUAUAUCGUUAAAUGUUAACGUGCCAGUAUUUGAUGGUCGCUUAAUGUCUUGUCUAAUUGACAAACGUGUCGGAAACUUAAUUAUGGAUCUGUUUGCAUUCCGACAUCAUUGGAUUCACAAGCGAUAAAGCUUGGUUUUUGGUUAAUAUUUUCAUUGUGUGUUCACAGCCAGAAUCAAAAUUAGUAUGUAUGUAUGUAUACAACCCAAAUAUCAUUGCUGUCUGAAUUUGGUUUAUCAGUA